AACUGCACAAAUUAUUACCCGUUCGCGCAAUGUACGUCCUGAGCUAGCCAAGGCCCAAGGCCGCGGCCGACGCGUCCGCGCGGAUCGUCCAGCCGCCGAACUCGAGACUAUGCAGGCGAAUGGGCUGCGUUUGGACGGAUCGUGUGGAGAAAUUGGUGGACGAUCGGCCGUCGACGAACGGUGCCGUUUUGCGCGUCCCUCGUCUCGGAGGGCAGCCCCGCCCGCGUUCAAGUUGGGCCGGCGCACUCGAGCCUGCGAGCGGAUGAUACGGCCGUACUGUUGAUGUUGGAACUUGCCUCUGAACCGGGAUCGGGAAUGUAUCCAAAGCAUCUCCAAAACUCCCCCUCAGUAAAACCAUUCAUCCUAUAUCAACGCAACGAGCUCGCGCUGUCUGUCUCGCGUCCCCGUCCGCCGCGUCGAAUCGUGUGACCCCCGCGGCCCGGUGAGAGCUACGUAGACAGCCAUGGGUACGUGCGCCUCCGCCGAUGCGGACUCCGCGGAGGACAAGGAGAUUGCGAAGAAGGUGGAGGAGCAGAAGGACAAGGACGAGAAUAAGAUCAAGCUGCUGCUGCUCGGCGCCGGCGAGUCGGGCAAGUCGACGAUCUUCAAGCAGAUGAAGAUCCUCUACGGCGAGCCGACGAUGAACCAGGACGACCUCAACCUCGUGCGAUCGAUCAUCUACAACAACACGAUCACGACGAUGCAGACGAUCCUCGAGUACUGCGAGACCUUCGAGCUCAAGGGCCAGGUGCUCCCCGAGAACGAGGCCCACUUCCAGAAGGUCAUGGAGGCGGACGAGAACGACGACCUCGACGCGGAGCUCGGCGCGAGCAUGGACGCGCUCUGGAAGGACCCGGGCGUCCAGGCGACGUGGGACAGACGAAGCGACUACCAGAUCGUCGAGUCGCUCAAGUACUACUUCAAGAACAUCCUGCGCAUCUCCGAGCCGGGCUACAUGAACAAGGACGAGUACACGAAGGAGGAGCAGCUCCAGUACCAGCAGGACGCGCUCCUCGCGCGCGUCCGCACGUCGGGCAUCGUCACGGAGGCCUACAACAUCGACGGCAAGAUGUUCGAGAUGUACGACGUCGGGGGCCAGCGCAACGAGCGCCGCAAGUGGAUCCACUGCUUCGAGAACGUCACGGCCGUCAUCUUCGUCGCCGCCAUCUCCGAGUACAACCAGAAGCUCUUCGAGGACGCGACGACGAACCGCAUGCUCGAGGCCCUCGAGAUCUUCGAGGAGAUCAACCAGAACAAGUUCUUCGUCAAGGCCUCCAUGAUCCUCUUCCUCAACAAGCGCGACCUCUUCGAGGACAAGAUCAAGAAGUACGACAUCAAGGACUCGCCGGGCUUCUCCGACUACACGGGCGGCUGCGACUACGACGCCGGCUGCGCCUACUUCGUCGGCAAGUUCAUGCGCAGGAAGGGCGACCCGGACAAGGUCGUCUACCACCACAUCACCUGCGCGACGGACACGUCGAACGUCGCCAUCGUCUUCAACUCGUGCAAACAGAUCAUCCUGCAGAAAAACAUGGAGAACGCGGGCUUCAUGUGAGCUCGCGCCGAAAAACGAGCCCCCCCGGUCCCCCCGCCCCCCAGCCCCCCGACUCUCCCCCCGACGACGACGGCGGGCGACGCCCCGGCGCCGGCCGACGGCGCCGCCGCGACGCCACCGACCCCAGCAAGACACAACACCGGCGGGCCCGGCU